GUGUGGCGGGGUGGAUGGGGCGUUCACCCGAGAUGGGUGAGGUGACUGUAUGAACGCGAACUGGUGUGUGUACUGUGUGAAUGUGCUUCAACGCUGCACUCUCGGACGAACGACUGGAAACUUUUGAAUGGUGGAAUUUCACCCUACGACUAUGAAAGGAAGAGGGUUAUGACUACGCGCGAUCGCAAUGCCAUUUUACCAACGCUGCGUUUCUCCGGCUUAUUUGAGCAACGCACCAUUAAAAGAAUCGAUUGAUGAUGAACGUGAGGCCAUCAUCAACACCACGUUGUCAGGAGUGCUUCGACAGCUCGCCAGUCUAGUGCUUCACGCCGAAGAUAUCUUCCAGGACCUUCAAAAGGAUUUCGUAGUUAUCUUUGACAGGGCUGAAGCCCUCCAAACACGCGUGAAAGAAGUGCAAGAGAAGGCCAGUCUCCUGGACGCCAAAGCUGUCAUCGUCCCCGAGAGUGACCUGACGGUGUUCAGCGAGCGCACGCACCACCACACCACCGAGUAUGGCCAGUGUCGCAGCCUGUUCAGCGCCGACAGCCGGCCGGCCGUCAUCCGGCGGCUGUACGAGCAGGCCGUGCUCAACCCGGUGGUGGUGCUGCGACAGCUGGACCUCUUCAGGAGCGAUGGCAUGCGCAGCUCCAAGUUUUUCACCUGCACGCCGACGUAUCAGAGCCAGCUGGAGCGCCUGCCGCUGGACAUCGAGACGAGACGGCCGGAGGAGGUGGCGCGACUGCCCGGCUGGACGGCCGACGACGAGGAGCUCACCUCGCCCGUGCACCCCGACCUGCGCUUCCACGCUCUGGGCCACACCGUGUCAGAGGGGGCCCUGUACCAGCUGCCUCGGCCGGACCAGGUGACCGAGGCCAGGACGGAGCGCUUCACCGCGGAGGUGGUGCCCGUCGAUGUCACUGGACGCGGCUUCCAGCGGCUCAUCAAGUUCCGACAGUCGCUGGUGCAUUUCGACUACGUGAAGCGGCGACGGAAACGACGCGACCGAAACCGACGCAACACGAUCGGCGACACGAGCGACAUCCAGGAGGCGGUGCUGAGGGCCGACCUGCCCAG